AUGCCUCUUGUGCUUUCCAAGCCUAGCGCUGACGAUCUUUGGGCAACGGCUGUGGACAGGCUUGAUCAAGACCUUCGCGCCGAGAUGGACUUCAACCACGAAAAGAUCGACAUUGUCUCUGGAGUGCUUGCGCUCACUGUCAAAGCCCAGAAAGAGUGUGACGCUAAGGCGUGGCGGCUCCGACGUAAAAACGGCGCGACAGUCAGCGUCCGGGAUGUCCUGGCCAAGGUCGUCAAGUGGGUUAACCACUUUAAAGAUAUCGGAGAUAUCGUGGUGCAAUAUGACCCAGGCCAUGCCGCUCUACCGUGGGCGGGAGUUCGAUUUCUACUUCAGAUCGUUGUAGACGAUUUCCAGACCUGCAGCUUCGUACUUGAGAGCAUUGAGAGCCUUGCUGAGCUACUCUGCCGCUACGCAUGUGUGGAAGAACUCCUCUUGCGGUUCUCAAAGGCUCCUAAGAACGGCCCAUCAGUCUCAACCCCCACGCAAGAGCUCCAACAUGCCCUUGUGCAACUCUACGUCCACGCUCUGACUUAUCUUGCUCGCGCAAGGAAGUACUUCCAGAAAUCUAUAGCAAAGCGAGUUGUGAAAAGCGCGCUCUUACAGGCAUCCGAUCUCGAAGAGAAUUUUGCCGUCAUCGCCACUGCACAAUGCAAGGUUGACCGCUGCCUUCACUUGGCUAACAUACAAGAACAAUUGAAUCGCCAUGAUCGUCUUAAAGACAUGAUGUCGGACCUUCAGGCUCCCCUGUCUCGCUGGAGCGACGACUUAAUCAAGAUCACCGACCAACUAGAUAAGACCAAGAGGACAGAGAUUCUAGAAUGGCUAUCCAAGGAGCCGUACCUCAAGCACCACCGACUCGUCAAGGAGGGUACCGUUGAAGGGACUGGCCAGUGGCUUCUUUCAGAUCCUAUUUACCAGAGAUGGAAAGAAGAUAGCGCCUCGUCUAUACUUUGGCUUCACGGCAUACCUGGGUCCGGCAAGAGCAAACUUGUCUCGCUCGUUGUGGAGGAUGCAAUUGCGGCAUUUGAAAAACAUCAACGACCUCCUCCCGCGUACUUCUACUGUUCUCGAAGUCCUGCUGAACCAGCACGGGCCGAUCCAGUGGCAAUCCUGGCUAGCAUUGCACGCCAGCUAUCCUAUUUGAAGUCUGGACAGGCGUUGUUGCACCCAACAGUUGCAGCAUACAAUAUGCAUGAAGAAGAAGGAUUCGCCGCCGGAUCGCUUCAGCUACAUGAAACUCGCGCGCUUAUCAUGCGGCUAUCGGAGAGUUAUCCCACGCUGACAAUUAUCAUAGAUGCGCUCGAUGAGUGUGACCCUGCCACUCGCGAGACUCUAAUGGCUGCUAUGGAAAAAAUUCUCCAAGACUCAUCUUGCCUGGUCAAGAUUUUUGUGUCGAGUCGUGAUGAUCAGGAUAUUGUCCACAAGCUUCGGCACUAUCCUAAUCUCGAGCUUUCGUCUGAGAAGAACGCGCGCGAUAUUGACAAGUUUGUUGAACUUGAGACGUGCCGUUUCAUAAAUUCUGGUAAACUGCUUCGUUACAGUUCCGAUCGGGACAAAUUAAGUCAGAAGAUCAAGGAACGGGUCGCAUCUGAGGCACAAGGCAUGUUUAGAUGGGCUAGCCUCCAACUGGAGGCUUUAUGCGAACUCAAAUCAGAUCAAGCUAUACUCGAACGGCUCGGCCGCCUGCCACGCACACUGGAAGCUUUGUAUCAAGAAAUAUUUCAAAAGAUUGAGAACAGUCCAAGUGUAAUCGACAGACAGUAUGCCAGACACGUGCUUACCUGGCUUAUGUGUGCUCAGAGAAGGCUCUCUUCUACCGAGCUUCUCUCCGCUGUCUCUUUGGUAGUACCGCAUCAGCAAUUACAAAGCAAUCAGAUCCUUGACUUUUGUUGCAACCUUGUUGUGCUCGAUACGCAGCUCGAUACCUUUCGAUUCGCACAUCUUUCAGUCAGAGAAUUCCUGGAGAGGCAGGAGGGCUACGCCAGUAGCUUUUCCAACGGGUUAGCGGCGGAGACUUGUCUAUUGACUAUGUUUGGUUUGGCCACCGAUCAGUUCUCCAAGGGUGUCCUCUCAAAGCUGGGAUACCAGAAUGGAAUUGAGACUAACCGGCUUGAGGACUAUUCAUUUGCGUUCUGGGCGGUACAUUGCCAAGCCGCUGCUGAAAGAAGAAAAGAAGGACAGCUCCGAGAACUACUACAAGGUUUAACGCAUACUGGAAUGGUAGCUGGAUCCGCAAACACUAAGUGGAAUACUUACCUACAAAGGGUGCCUUGGGACAUAGACUUUGGCCUUGGGCGUAAACUAGAAGCCUGUUGCGCCGCAGCGGAUUCGUGGGCGUUUACUGCAUGCGCCUUUGAUAUCGACGAACUCCUUGAGUGGGGUCAUGGGUUCGACACUGGUGAACUACGAAACAAAAGCAACCAAACAUGUGAGCAGGUGGCCGCUGCAGUAGGAAGUGGCAAGGUUCUGCGAAACCUACUUAGUGUCGACAAUCUUCGAAUUACCGAGGCCGUGGUUGAGGCUGCGGCUAGUAAUUGGAAGCAUGGAAAGGAAGUGAUGGCACUUCUUCUAGACCUAUUUCCAGAUCAGGUCCAGAUUACCGAGGCCGUGGUUGAGGUUGCGGCUAGUAAUUGGAAGCAUGGAAAGGAAGUGAUGGCACUUCUUCUGGACCGAGUUCCAGAUCAGGUUCCGGUCACUAAUAACACUGUUUCGCUUAUUGCAGGGAGACUCAAUGAGAUAGUGAUGGCACUUCUUCUGGACCGAGUUCCAGAUCAGGUCCAGAUCACCAAGGCCGUGAUCAAGGCUGCGGCAGGUAACGAGGAGAAUGGAAAGGAAGUGAUGGCACUUCUUCUGGACCGAGUUCCAGAUCAGGUCCAGAUCACCGAGGCCGUCAUCAAGGCUGCGGCUAGUAAUUUAUUGCAUAGAAAGGAAGUAAUGGCACUUCUUCUGGACCGAGUUCCAGAUCAGGUCCAGAUCACCGAGGCCGUAAUCAAGGCUGCGGCUGGUAACGAGGAGAAUGGGCAGGAUGCUAAUUUACCAGACAAUGAGUAA